AUGGCAUCCUUAUCUGCUUCAUCAAAUGCAGCGCUGCCUUCACUUACAGUCUCCUUGAGAAGUACAUCAGGUAGAUAUUCUUUCAUUUUUCUCGCAAAACGACAUUUUAUGCCAUUACAUUAGAUGGAAGAUACCUUUUUUUUUGUAAAAAUUAAGCCAAAGAAUCUGUAGAGCAGAAUAUGCAUAUAUCGAUUGUUUUUUCUUGUGUUUUUAUCGAUUUAUUUUUUCUCUGAAUAUUAUUAUUCUUGUAUCAUUUUUCUUUCAAAAUGACAUUUGAUACUAUUAUAUUAGACGGAAAAUGGUUUACAUGGAUGGUAACUUUGGCAAAAUACUUUUUUUGUUAUGUUUUGUAGAAAUUAACCCAAAGAAUCUGUACAUCAGAAUAUGUAUUUAUCGACUGUUUUUUCUUGUGUUUUUAUUGAUUGAUUUUUCCUCUUAAUAUUUUUAUUCUUGCGUCAUUUUUCUAUCUGUAAAUCAUAUUAUGUAUGUAUCGACUGUUUUUUUCUUGUGUUUUUAUUUAUUGAUUUUUCCUCUGAAUAAUUUUACUGAAAUUCCAGCUCUUCUCUUUAAUUUCUUCCUCUCCACUGAAUGCUUAUCUUUUUCUCAUCUCAAUCCGUGUGAACAGAACUUUCCCUGUGUGGGAGGAUCAGGCUUACGAAAUCUCAGCCAUUUCGUCAAACCCAAUUGGCCACGUGUGCUCACCGACCUCAUGCCGCCAUGCUUGUCUGUGCUGCUUCUGCUUUGGUGAGUCCAUUGACUUGCUUUCCCCUCUCAACAAAUAAAACCCUGGUAGCCAGGAGGGGGAGGACAAGGCGGCAGGUAGCCUGGUGGCAGUGGCAGUGGUGGCAGCGGAGGAGGAUAAGGAUGCGAGUACCCUACAGAUAGCCCAUCCAACUAGGAUAAUAAUAGUUUGACUAUGAUUAAAUUGACUGAGAAACUAUGAAACAAGAAGAUUAUAAUUGUGGGGAGCUAAAACCAAAUAAUCAUUAUGUUUAGAGCCAAAGUCAACUAUUGAGGAACAUUCAUGCUGAGUUGACCCUUUCAUGUCUCAGACCGCCAGAUGCGCAGCAGAGCAGACUCAGACAGUCACCCGGCAAUCAUCGACAAUCACCAUCGCACCCAUCCAAGGUUCUGAUCUGAUGAUUUCCAUAUUUAGCAUCUUAUGAAUCCCUGGAUUUGUGGAUUUCUGGCCGCAUGUGAAACUGGGUCUUGCUUAAUUUUGCCAGGCAAGGAGAAGUCCCCGGACCUUGAUGAUGGCGGCACUGGGUUCCCCCCUCGUGACGAUGAUGAUGGUGGUGGCGGUGGCGGAGGCGGCGGCGGUGGCUGGUCUGGUGGCUUCUUCUUCUUCGGCUUCCUUGCCUUCCUAGGUUUGCUGCAGGAUAAGGAGAGGGAUGGGGAUUACAGGGAUCAGAAAAGAAGAUACAGCAGAUCAUACUGA